AUGAGCUCGUUUUGGAACUUCAUAAAAUCGAAGAAAAAUGAUGAUGGUGAGUCAAAGCCCACUGUUGCUCAUUUAGGAGAGGAAAACAAAUUUUAUUAUAAUAAGGAAUUAAAAAGAUGGGUAGUAAAAGGAGAAGAAGAUAAAAUUGAAACAGAAGAAAAGAUUGCCCCACCUCCUCAAAUGAGUGCUUUACAAAAUGCUAGCAGUGGAUAUCGUUCAUUAAUUCAACAAAACAAAACUAGAAGCGCAAGAACGAUGUAUGCUGAAAUCCCUGGGCUUAAAACAAUAAAUAAAAAAAACAAAAAUGUUCAGGGAGGAAUUAUAUCACCAUAUAUGGGAUCAUCAAGUAUUGAUCUUAAUAAAAAUAUUCCAAAUGAGAAUAAAAAGGAAUCAUUUGCAUUUAAUACAUUUAUUCCUAAAAGUGUAAAUACUGAAAAUAAAGAAAGUAAGGAAACCGAACCAAACAUGAAUUACCAAAAUGAAAAAAGACAUGAUGAAGAUAUAUUUAAGGGAGAAAAAUUCACUAGAAAUAUGAAUAACAUCCAUGAUAAUGUUUUGGAUGGUAGUGAAAAUAAUAUGCCUCUUGAACCGAAUCAUAUAAAUGAUAAAGAACAAACAAGUUUAUCAAAAGAUAACUUAUUUAAUUUAAAUGAAAUUAACAAAAAUAAAUCUGAUUUAAAAAAUGAUGAUAAUAAUAAUUUACUAUUUUCUGAAAAUCAAACAGUUAAAACAACAAAGCUAAAUAAAAUAAAUGAAAAAAAAACUUAUGAAAUAGAUAAAUUGAAAGAAAUACAUCCAAAAAUACCAAACUCAAAUAAACCUGUACAAUUACCCACAGAAAUCAAUACCAAUAAUAAUAUAAAUUAUGAUACCAUUCCUCCUAAAAUUGAUUCUAAAGAUGUAAUGGAAAAUUUAGAAAAUAAAAAUAAAGAAAUUAAAAGAAUUUCUAUGAAUAAUUGCGAAUUCAAUAAUCCAAUUUACAAUGAUAUAAAUAAAAGAAAUAGUACAACCUCUGUUAUAUCAGUUUUCAAUCCUCAAAUAAAAUUUAAUAGUAUUAAUAAUAUUGAAAAUCAUGAAAUUCGAAAAUUUAAUACUAUUGGUAAUAAUUAUAUGAAUAAUAAUAGAGAAAAAAAUAUAUUAAAUAUUUCUCCAAAAGUUAUAGAAAAAAUAAAUCGUAGAAAUACACAUCAGUUAUUUAACGAGCCAAGUAAUAUAUUAAAUGAUAAAGUAACAAUACAUAAAGUUACUAGUCCUUUUUUAUUUGAUAAUAAAAAUGAUUUAUUAAAUAAUAUAAAUAAUGAUUCUAAGAUUGAGUUAAGUAAUAAUAGUAAUGUUGCUAAUACAAAUGUUAGUAAUGAAAUCCCAGAAAAAAUCGAAGGAUUUGAAAAAGUUAAUGAUGAAAAUGUAAAUAGUUUUUCUAUGUUUAGUUUAGACAAAGGGAUAUCUGUAGAAAGUACAUCAAAUAUUAUAGCUAUGGAUGAAAACCCUAUAAUUUUGAAUGAUUCUAAUACAAUGCAUAAAAACAAUAGAAAUAAUAUCAUAGAUGCAGAAAGUGAUAAAUUAGUCCAAAAUAUUUUAGAUAUGAUAAAAAUUAAGUUGCAAAAUGACAACACAAAUAACAUAGAUACUAUUCUAAAAAGUGAAUCAAAACAAAUUAGUUCUUUAUUGGCAGAAAAAACGAAUUCUAUGGAAAUUUUAUGUAAUAAAAUAUGUCAACUAAAAAAGAAAAAUGAAGAUGCAGAAGAUAAAAAUGAUACUAUUCGUGAAGAAACACAUCAAAUUAAUAUUGAUAAAGAUAAAGAAAAUGAAAUUAAUAAUUUAUUAUACGUCAUAAAUAUAAAAAACAAAAAAAUUAAAGAAGAAUUAGAAUCAUUUACAAAUUCUUUUAAUAUUUUAAAAAAAUUAAAAAUGAAAAACGAUGAAAUUAUUAAUAUAUAUAAAAAUAGAGAAAUUGUGUUUUUAACCACUAUCAAUAAAUUAGAAGAAAAAAGAAAACUAAAAUAUUCUGAAUUUAAAGAAAAGGAAAAGCAAUACAAAGAAUUGAUAAUGAAAAAAGAAGAAUUACUAAAAAUUGAACAAAUAAAUAAUAAGACAAAUUUAGAAACUUUUAAAAAUCAAGAACAAAUACUAAAAGAUGAAAUUCAAAAAAUCGAAUUAAAAACCAAAGAAAAAAUAGAACAAUUAAAGCAAGAUUUUGAAAAAACACAAAAAAUAAAUAUGAAAAAUUUGGAAAUGGAAAAAGAAUCUUUUAUAAAUAAUAAUCUAGAAAAUCAGAUAAACAAAAUGAGGGAAAAAUUAGAGGAAAAAUAUGCAACACAAAUUAAGGAAGCCGAAAUGAAAUAUGAAGAUCAAAUAAAAGAAGAAAUUGCAAAGGUCAAACAAAAUGCAGAACAAAAUUUUAAUUAUAAAUUUGAAAAAUAUAAAGAAAAUCUUGAAAAAAAUAAAAAUGAUUUUAUAAAUAAUUUAAUUAUUGAAAAAAAUAAUGAAAUUGAAAAUUUCAAAAAUGAUAUAGAACAAAAAAAAUUCAAAGAAAUGGAAAAAUUUAAGGAAGAAAAUGAAAAAUUGUUUCAAGAUAAUUUUGAAAAUAUGAAAAACCAUUUUAUAGAAGAACAAAAUAAACAUAUUGAAAAUAUAAAAAAAGAAUAUGAGUUAAUGAAAAAUAAUGAAAUUGAAUAUUUGAAAGAAGAAAUGAAAAAAAAUCAAAUUCAAGAAAUAGAAAAUGUUGAACUAAAACUCGCCAAUGAAAAAAAUAAGUAUAUUGAUGAUGUGAAGAAAGAACUCGAAAAUAUAUACAAUGUUGAAAUAAAUAAUUUAAAAGAAAAAAUAAAUACAGAACAGACAUUAGCCCAGGAAAUGUUAGAAACACAACGCAAUGAAUAUGAAAAACAAUUGGAAACUCAACGCGCUGAGAUGGAAAAUAAACUGAUUGAACAAAGACAAGAAUCAUAUAAUAUUGGAUCAGAAAAAGAAAGUGAAAUGCAAAUGUUAACUGAUAAAAUUGAAAAAUUAAAAAUGGAAAUACAAAUUAUAAAUAAGGAAAAAAUCGAUUUAGAACAUAACAUAUCGAUACUAAAUGAUGAAAGAGAAAAUAUUUUAAAUCAAAAUAAAAACUUAGAAGAAAAUUUAAAAAAUAAUGAAAAUAUAUAUAAUAAAAAAAUAAAUAUAUUAAAUGAUGAAAAAUUUAAAUUAGAAAAAGAAAUUGAACAUAUUAAAGAAAAUGGUGCAAAAGAAUCAGAUAAAAUUCGUGAACAAUUUGCAGAUUUAUUACAAGAGGAAAUUGAUAGAAUUAAAAAAGAAUCUAAAGAAAAAGUAAAUAACUAUAUACAACAAUAUAAUGAAAUAAGUGAAGAAUAUGAAGAAAAAAAAAAAGAAUAUAAUAAUCUAUUAGAAAAGGCUAAUGCAUCAAAUAAACAACUAACUGAAAAAUAUGAAGAAAAUAUCCAAAAAAUAAAUGAAUAUGAAGAUAUGAUUAAAAUGCUUGAAAGCCAAACUGAAGUUUUAGUUACUAAAAAAAUUCAAGAAUUAAAUGAAGAUUUUUUGAAAAAAAAAGAAGCUUUUGAUAAUGAAAAAAAUGAUUUGUUAAAAAAUUAUGAACAUGCAAUGACUGAAAAUAAGCAUAUUAAAGAACAGCUAGAAAAAAUUACUAAUUCAAAUGCUAAGCAAACUGAAGAAAAAAUAUCACAAAUAAAAAAUCAAUAUGAAACACAAAUUAAAGAAAUGCAAAUUCGUUUUGAUGAGUUAUUAAACGAAUCAAAUGAAACCCAAAAUAAAAAUAAUGAAAUUUUAGAAAAUAUUGUAAAAGAGCAAAAUUAUAGAGAACAAUCAAUUCAACAUCUGAAUAGUGUCAAUACUGAACUACUUACAAAAAAUGAACAACUUAAUCUUAAUAUUACUGAAAUGGAAAAUGAACUAUCUAAUUUCCAAGAAAAAUAUGAUAAAUUAGUUAAUGAAAAUAAUCAUCUAAAAAAUGAAGAACAAAAAAAAUUUUUAGACAAAAUACUUGACCUAGAAAAUGUUAACAAACAUUUAAUGGAAGUAACAGAAAAAGAAAGAGAAAUUAAUAUCAAAAACGUUAAUAUUAUAAAAUCUUUACAAAAUCAAAUAAAUGAACAAACAAAAUUGUAUAAAGAAUAUACAGAUGAUUUGAAAGAUGAAAUUUAUCAAUUAAAAAAACAAAAUAAAAACUCAAUCGAUAAUAAUAUUCCAAGUGAUGCAAAUUCUUCUAUUAAUAAUGCUCUUAUAGAAGAAAAUAAAAAAUUGAAGCUACAAAAUGAAGUUAUAAACACAAAAAAUGAUACAAUGUCAACUGUAAUAGAUAAUCUAACAAAACGAUUGAGUUUUAUUGAAUCAAAAAUAAAAGAAGAAAAAUAUGGAAAUGAUAUAAUAAAGGAAGCAAACGAUUUACAACUACAAGGGUUUAAUUAA